AUGGCGGACACAAUGACGCCGACAGUGAUGUCGGAAGCGAUGCAAAUCAAUACCUGUCCGGUGGAUAGGAAACGGUUUACCAUAAUCUGUGUGCGUCGAGAGAUUGGCAGUGCUAUCAUUAUGAAGAUACCGAUCGUUCAGAAUGUGGUGCCAGACAUGGAUGCGGUGCCGGAAGACGUGACAUACUGUGAGAUCUGUGGCCGAUGUGAUCGUGAAGACCGCCUCCUGUUGUGUGACGGUUGCGAUUUUGGCUAUCAUUGCGAAUGUCUUUCCCCUCCCAUUGAGACGAUUCCCAUCGAAGAGUGGUUUUGUGCGGACUGUUAUCAACGACUUUUCGGCGAUACUAGCGAUCCAUUGGCCGAACGGCGGCGUCAAAGACGCGCAAUCGCUCGCACGGGUGCUUCCGAAGCGGUUCGGCAACGAAUACUACAGCGACGACAACCAAACAACGCAACCGCACAACGAAGACCUGCCAUCAGAAGACGAAAGCGGAGGACAACUACGAAACGUAAACGUAAGUCAACUAAACGUAAGACAAAGACAACGAAAACGGGUAUAAAAGGCCGAAAGAAACGCCGCACUACUCGACGACGUAAGAAAAGGAGGACUAGAAAAUCGGCUUUUGCUUCCCGAAGGCUACCGGCGCCCAAAGACGCCCGAACUCGCAUUGCCUCCAAAUUAGGUAUAGGACCGCCGCCUAAAUCUCCUUACGGUUUGCCAUCGAUGAAGAACUUGGCGUACGAAUCAAUUCGCAAAAUAACCGACUUGAGAGCGGCCGCCGGUAUCUCACAUCUAUCCAUAUUUGGUACCGAACUCGACACUUACGACCCAAGAGUACAGACUGUGGACGACGAUUGUAAUAAUGCUUUCAUAGGUGACGCCUCUUCGGCAACAGUUGGCGUUAUGGCUCGGAGUCGUAUUGACACAAAUCACUUAAUAAUGAGUGGAAUUAAAAGACAAAAAGCCUUUCUAUUGAGUGACAAUGAGGUGUCAAACGGCCAUUCGUUGGAUAUAUUGUCAACUAUAAUGUCUUCACAAACUUUAUUACACUCUUCGUCGAGAGAUGUGCACAUCGGAAGAGAUGGUUCACUCCAUCGCCUCAAUCGUCAAAAUUCAUCGCCACUUCCGGUGCGAAACUGUGCUAACGGUAGCGGUCAGUCAUCGCCGGCUAGA